UCCAGUUCAUACCAUUACAGUCUCUCUAGCAGCAAAUAUAUAUCCUACCUAGGUCGAUCGGAAUAAGAAUGGGAUCCAUGACACUUCCCAAAGAGCUUCCCACCAUCAAUUUCUCCCUUCAAGACUUGAAGCCCGGGUCAAGUUCCUGGGUUUCCACCAGCAAACAAGUUCGCUAUACACUCGAAGAAUACGGUUGCUUUGUGGCAUUGUACCAACAAGUUUCCCCGCAGCUCAUGGACAACAUCUUUGGUCAGUCCAGGGAUUUGUUCCAGGUUCCCCUAGAAAACAAGGUCAAGAACACAAGUGAGGAGCCUUACCGUGGCUAUAUCGGACCGAACCCGCUCAUGCCUCUCUACGAAGGCCUGGCCAUCGACAACGUCACAUCCCCACAAGCGACUCAGAAGUUCAGAGAUCUCAUGUGGCCUAAUGGAAAGACCAAAUUCUGUGAAAUCACGGAUGUGUUUGCCAAGUUGCUUGGGGACUUGGAAAACACGGUGGAAAAGAUGUUGUUCGAAAGCUACGGGAUACCUCAAGAGCAAUAUGAAUCGUUGGCGAGUUCAAACAGUCAUCUUCUUCGUUUUCUCAAGUACAAUACGCCAGAAGAGAGCAGCAACACAGCCAUAAGAUUUGCAAGCCACACAGACAAGAAUUUCACCACCAUUGUUGUUCAGCAUGAUGUCGGUGGACUUGAGGUUCAGACUAAAGAUGGUGAUUGGAUUAGUGUCGAGUCGGCACCUUCUCAGUUUCUCUUUAUGGCCGGUGAUGGACUUCAGGUCUGGAGCAAUGACAGAGUGAAAGCUUGCCACCAUCGAGUGAAGCACUGCGGUGACAAGACUCGAUACUCGCUGGGAAUGUUUACCUUUAAUAAUGGAGUAUUCGAAGUACCCAAGGAGCUAGUUGACGAGAGGCACCCUCUCCUCUACAAUCAGUUCGACAGCCGUGGCUUCAUAAGAUUUUACACCACUGAGGAGGCCAAGAAGGUAGAGUCGCCCGUCAAAGCCUACUGCGGUGUUCAAAACUAGCCUAUUCGAUCUGCACCGGAGUAUCUACAUAUCUAGAGAAUAAAUAUUAUACGUACAUCUUCCGUUUAAAAUGGUUUAGCUAGCUAGUUAGGAUCGGAAUCAGGAUCCGUGCAUGCUUUCUUUGUGAUCCCAUAUGUAUUUGUUUUGAAGUUUCAAUAAUUAAUUAUAAUUUCGCUAUAACUUCUCUAUA